AUGUUGGCAGGAUCGAGUUUGAGAAAUCAAAUCAAAUCAAGCAUUAUUUACACAGUACAUUUCAGAUAUGGAAUGCAAUGUGCUUCACAGAAAAAAAGAAGAAACAAAUAUUUCAUUUUUAUGUUGUUGCUUACAACACAACAAACAUAAGAGGACAAAAAAAACAGAACAACUCAAAAGCACCUUUACAUGCUGACUAGACCGCGCGCGUCCUCGUGCGCCAUAGCGUGCAUGUUGAUCAGGACACGCAGGUUGAAAUAUCAAAACAAACUCUGAACCAACUAUAUUUGGUGACAGGUCGAAACGCAUUAAACAUUCAUGGUAAUUUAGCUAGCUAAUUUGUCCUGGGAUAUAAACAUUGGGUUGUUAUUUUACCUGAAAUACGCAAAGUCCUCUAAUCCGACAAAUAAUCCACAGAUAAAAGGGUCAACCUAGUUAGUUUCGUGUAAUCUCUCCUCCUUCAGUAUUCUUCUUCUUUGGACUUUAUAUGGUGGUUGGCAACCAACUUUAAGGUGCGGCCGGCGACCCACCAACUGGACUGGAGUGUGGUUCACUCAGUUCAUCUUUCAAUCACCUACGUGGGUAUAUGCUCCUAAAAACCAAUGAAGAGAUGGGAGAGGUGGGACUUGCAGCCGGUCACGUGUCACAAAUAAACUCAGCAAAAACUAAACGUUCUCUCACUGUCAACUGUGUUUAUUUUCAGUAAAUUUAACAUGAUAAUGUGUCCCUGAACAAAGGGGGGGUCAAAAUCAAAAGUAACAGUCAGUAUCUGGUGUGGCCACCAGCUGCAUUAAGUACUACAGUGCAUCUCCUUCUCAUGGACUGCACCAGAUUUGCCAAUUCUUGUUGUGAGAUGUUACCACACUCUUCCCCCAAGGCACCUGCAAGUUCCCGGACAUUUUUGGGGGGAAUGGCCCUUGCCCUCACCCCCCGAAGAUCUGGGCUCUUCUCUGGCCAUGGCAGAACACUGCCAUUCCUGUCUUGCAGGAAAUCACGCACAGAACGAGCAGUAUUGUUGGAGGCAUUGUCAUGCUGGAGCGUCAUGUCAGGAUGAGCCUACAGGAAGGGUACCACAUGAGGGAGGGGAGGAUGUCUUCCCUGUAACGCACAGCGUUGAGAGUGCAACAACAAGCUCAGUCCAAUGAUACUGUGACACACCGCCCCAGACCAUGACGGACCCUCCACCUCCAAAUCGAUCUCGCUCAAGAAUACAAACCUCGGUGUAACGCUCAUUCUUUCAACGAUAAAUGCAAAUCCGUCCAUCACCCCUGGUGAGACAAAACCGCGACUCAUCAGAGAAGAGCACUUUUUGCCAGUCCUGUCUGGUCCAGCUACGGUGGGUUUGUGCCCAUAGGUAACGUUGUUGCCAGUGAUGUCUGGUGAGGAACUGCCUUAUAACUGGCCUACAAGCCCUCAGUCCAGCCUCUCUCAGCCUAUUGCGGACAGUCUGUGCACUGAUGAAGGGAUUAUGCGUUCCUGGUGUAACUCGGGCAGUUGUUGUUGCCAUCCUGUACCUGUCCCACAGGUGUGAUGUUUGGAUGUACCGAUCCUGUGCAGGUGCUGUUACACAUGGUCCGCCACUGCGAGGACAAUCAGCUGUCCGUCCUGUCUACCUGUAGCGCUGUCUUAGGCGUCUCACAGUACGGACAUUGCGAUUUAGUGCCCUGGCCACAUCUGCAGUCCUCAUGCCUCCUUGCAACAUGCCUAAGUCAUGUUCACGCAGAUGAGCAGGGACCCUGGGCAUCUUUCUUUUGCUGUUUUUCAGAGUCAGUAGAAAGGCCUCUUUAGUGUCCUACGUUUUCAUAUCUGUGACCUUAAUUGCCUACCGUCUGUAAGCUGUUAUUGUCUUAACGACACAUGUAUUGGGGUGCACAACUGUGGGUUGAUUUAAAAACCAAUACAAGAUUCUUAAACUGUAUUCUAAAACUCACAGGCAGCCAGUGCAGAUACUUUAAAACCGGUGUAAUGUGUUCUCCGUCUGGUCUUGGUCAGUACCUGUGAUGCAGCAUUCUAUAUGUUUUGCAGAUGACCAAUGGCUUUCUUGGGUGGACCAGACAGUAAAACAUUACAGUAGUCAAGCCUGCUUGUAAUAAAAUCAUGGAUGAGUCUCUCAGUAUAGGCCUGAGAGAGAAACGGCCACACCGUGGCAAUGUUCCUCAGGUGGUAAAAAGCUAUUUUGGUCACGUUCAUAAUGUAUGAUUGAAAAUUGAGUAGACCCCGCUCCACCUCUGGCUCACCCCACUUUGGUGGCGCCUCUGGUGCGGGGACCCUCUGGAUAGAUGCCCACCCAGACCCUCCCCUAUAGGUUCAGGUUUUGCGGCCAGAGUCCGCACCUUUGGGGGGGUUCUGUUACGCCCUGACCUUAGAGAACCGUUUUAAGUCUCUAUUUUGUUUGGUCAGGGUGUGAUUUGGGUGGGCAUUCCUAUGUUCUGAUUUCUAUGUUUUGUGUUUCCAUGUUUUGGCCGGGACUGGGGACCCUCGUUGCGUGCCCCGGACUGGGGACCCUAGUUGCGUGCCCCGGACUGGGGACCCUCGUUGCGGGCCCCGGACUGGGGACGCCCGUUGCGGGCCCCGGACUGGGGAUCCUCGCUGUGGGCCCCGGACUGGGGGCCGUCGCUGGAGGCUCCGGACUGGGGACCAAAGCUGGAGGCUCCGGAUUGGAGGCCGUCGCUGGAGGCUUCCUGCCAUGGAUCCUCACUGAAGCCUCCGGGCCCUAGAUCAUCACUGGAGGCUCCGUGCCAUGGAUCAUCACUGGAGGCUCCGUGUCAUGGAACAUCACUGGAGGCUUCGUGCCAUGGAUCAUCACUGGAGGCUUCGAUCGAUCCAUGGAGCAGGCACAGGACUCACCAGGCUGGGGAGACACACCGGAGGACUGGUCCGUGGAGCAGGCACAGGACUCAUCGGGCUGGAGAGACACACUUGGUGCGUGGAGCAGGCGCAGGAUAUACUGGGCCGUGGAGCCGCACCGGAGGUCUGGAGUGCAGAGUUGGCACAACCCGUCCUGGCUGGAUGCUCACCCUAGCCCGGCACCUGCGGGGUGCUGGCACAGGAUGUACUGGGCUGUGGAGACGCACCGGAGACACAGUGCGCAGAGCCGGCGCAGGAUAUCCCGGGCCGUAGAGACGCACUGGAUGCCAGGAGUGCUGAGCCGGCACCAUCCGUCCUGGCUGGAUGCCCACUCUGGCCCGGCCGAUGCGGGGAGCUGGGAUAUAGCGCACCGGGCUGUGAACGCGCACUGGAGACACCGUGCGCUCCACCGCAUAACACGAUGCAUGACCAGUACCACGCUGCCCGCGAUCCCUUCCGGCCAGGAUCUCCCACGUCCAGGAUCCUUUGCCAUACAGGAUGUCCUCCCAUGUACCAGUCCUACUUACCACGCUGCUUGGUCCGUUUGUGGUUGGAUGUUCUGUCACGAUCGUCUGAAGAAGAAGUGGACCAAAGCGCAGGGUGGUUCUACUGGGGACCUGGAAGGUGACGAGGACAACACACCUGAUGACGUCAGCCUAUCAGGCGAUGAGGGUGGAGCCUCGGACCCAGAGGACUCAGCAGAAUGUGACAGCUCCAGUCCACCACCAUAUACCCCCCUGUACAUUGAAGAGCCAAGGACACAUGACUGCCUUGGUGCACCUGAUGAUGAGGAUGGGGAACAGAAAGGUCCAACUCACACGGAAGAAGAGGGGGAGGAGAUGGAAGAGGAGGAAGACGGGCUACAUUGGAGAGGUCCAGAUGACCUGGAGCUAAGUGACGGUACUGUUGGCCCCAAGGUUCUGGCCUGCAGAGACCUCACCACUGACACACUAUGGGGACCAUACACUGGGAUUGUCCAAUCAGAAGAGGCUGGAGAUGACCAGGUGCCAGAGCAGAUCUCCAGGCUGACGCUGGUGUGUGAAGACGAUAACGGCUGGCUCAGUAGAGUCCCACUAACAUCCGAUGCCACAGCUGCCAACUGUACCAUCUACAGUCAAGGUGAGGAGCUGUAUUGUAAGGUGACCCAGGACAUCUCCACAGGUGACAGUCUGUUGGCCACACUGUCUCUCUCCUCCGUGAAGCAGCUGUCCUCGUCUCAGACCCAGGAUAUGGUGGUGAAGGAGGAGCCUACAGGUGUCUACCCAGCUUCUCUCCACUCUGAGAUACAGCUCCUCCCCCAGCAGGCUGGGAUGGCAGCCAUCUUGGCCACGGCAGUUGUCAACAAGGACAUCUUCCCGUGUAAGGACUGUGGGAUCUGGUACCGCAGUGAGAGGAACCUCCAGGCCCACCUCAUGUACUACUGUGCCAGCCGGCAGAAGCAGCAGGCCUCCUCCUCCCCCCCACUGGACAAAGCCAAGGAGUCCUACCCCAACGAACGUGUCUGUCCCUUCCCACAAUGCAACAAGAGCUGCCCGAGCGCCAGCUCCCUGGAGAUCCACAUGCGGACACACAGUGGUGAGCGUCCUUUCGUGUGUCUGAUCUGCCUGUCAGCCUUCACCACUAAAGCCAACUGUGAGCGUCACCUGAAGGUACACACGGACACGCAGAACGGAGUCUGUCACGGCUGUGGCUUCGUCUCCACCACGAGGGACAUUCUCUACAGCCACCUGGUCACAAGUCACAUGGUGUGUCAGCCCGGCUCAUGCAGUGAAGUGUACUCCCCCGGCCCCGGCCUGCCCAAACUGCCUCUGUCCACAGGUCUAAGUCCUGGAGACUCCGGUGUUGUGUUGAAAUGUCAGGUAUGUGGCCACAUCACAGACUCGCCUGCUCAGCUCCAGCAGCACGUUCGCACACACCUGGAGGUGAGGGUCCCGGCCGAGAGGAGCCCCACACCCCGCCAGACCACCCCCUCCUCAGCCGACCACCCUGAGCACCUUGACAGGGAGCCCCCCGCCUGCGUUCCCCACCCUGACUCCUCCAGCCCUGGGGCCAAUGGGAGCUCAGCCACCCCCCGAGGCUGCAGCCCACCUGACCAGCUCCCCACAGACAUCAGGAUUAAAGAGGAGCCGCAUUCGGACUCUGAGAAUGAGGGGCAGGAGGAGGAGAUGGAGGGGGAGCGGGUGGAGAAGAGCCGUGGACACAGAGGUACAGGCUCCUCUCAGACAUCCACCUCCCCUAGGAGUCCCUCUGCUGUGGCUGUGAAGGCAGAGCCAACCAGCCCCACCCCUGGCUCCAGCCCUGCCCACCUGGGAGGAGCUGGCUCAGUGCUCCCUGGAGAAGAUGUGUUCCUACCCCAGUACAUGUUCAGCCAGGAACCAGCCAUCCUACCCCAGGCCUCAGAGAUACUGGCUAAGAUGUCUGAGAUGGUCCACAGCCGGCUGAAGCAGGGCCAGGUCCCCCCUGGGGCAGCGCCAGCCUUCUACCCCGCUGGCACGACAACCACUGUCCAGAAGGGGGCCACCUGCUUUGAAUGUGACAUCAACUUCAACAACAUCAACAACUUCUAUGUUCACAAGAGGCUGUACUGCUCCAGCAGGCACCAGCAGGGAGACAUGGCUGGCCCAGUGACGGAGGGGGCGUUGGGGGCCACAGUCCCAUCAGUUGGACACGGUUCAUCCCCUCAGGCUGGAUCAGGUAGUCGGGCAGCCUCAGCCUCCCCCAGUGACUCAGACCCUGUUCCAGGCAGCACCGCCACACAGGGCAAGCUUGUGGAGGUGAAGAGUGAGAACCCUGGGGUGAAGGAGGCUGUGUCCUCUUCUUCCUCUGAGGGGGAGGGUGGAGGAGGAGGAGGCCGGGCCAGCGAGUGCAGCCAGAGUCCCAGCGGCUCAGCAGAGGACCAGGAGGACGACCCCACCAGAACCUUCUGUCAGGCCUGCAACAUCCACUUUAGCCGCCAUGAGAACUACACAGUCCACAAACGCUUCUACUGCGCAUCGCGCCACGAUCCGUCCAACCAGCGGUCAACCGCCGGCAAAGCUACCUUCCUGCCUCAGCCCAUCCGAACACGCAAGAGGAAGAAGAUGUAUGAGAUCCACAUGGCUCGGACUGAGGCCCUGGCCAACGCUGCUGCUGCCUCUCUCUCUGCCCCUGGCCUGAGCCUGGCUGUGAAGCAGGAGGCUGCUGCCUCAGUGGAGAGGGUCCUGGAGUCCCCAGUCCCAGCCCUAGCUCUGGGCCUGCGUCCAGCCACCUCCCGUAGUACCAGCCCUGACAGAGACGGCCCCAUUGACCUGAGCAAGAGGCCCCGUCUAAGGGAGGCCCCGCGGGGCAGCAGCAUCCCUUCUCUGCCCCUCACUGACUACCACAAGUGUACCGCCUGCAGCAUUAGCUUCAACAGCAUUGAGAACUACCUGGCCCACAAGGCCUACUACUGCCCAGCCACCACCCUGCAGCCCCACACUCUGGAGACGCUCCACAGGCUGAAGAGACCAGCAUCCAUCUCCCCCAAGAGCAGGGCCCUGGAGCGAUCAGACGUCCACUCUGAGGCCAAAGGGCUGCUCACAGAGAAGGCUCCUCGGGGGGCCUCGCUCAGCCCUCACCUCUCUGCCUUACCUGGCUCUGGCUCUGAGGCUACGUCACCUUACAGUGUCCCUGCAGCCAAAGGCCCAGGCUCUCCCUCUGUGGUCUGCCCCUACUGCCCUCCCAAUAGGGCAGUGACCUGUGACCUGGUGGAGCACUUCAGAUCCAUGCAUGGCCUGGUCCUGAGCCUGGAGGGCCAGCCAGCCGUCAUCAGCCCCAGCCUGAGCCCUAGGGAUGGGACCCCUGCCACCCCGCCCAAGCUGGUCCUCCGAGCCUGCAGGGACAGCAUCAAUGGCCGGAUCAGAAGGGACACUGUCUCCCCAUCCUCUCCCCUGGUGAACGGUAGCCCCCUGGGACACCAUGCCGGGGGUGGCGGCUCCCCCAAGGCAGCCCCUCCAGCUGUGUCUCCCACCAGGUCCCUCCCCCUGACUGUGUCCCCUGUGCCUGAGGUGCUGAGAGAGGUGGGGGUUCUGAAUCACCAGGUUGCUGUCACCCUGCUCCCAGACAAGGCGUCCCUCACAUUGGGUCUCCCACUCCCUGUUCCGGCCCCUCCCACACCCAAGACCCUCCUGAUCCCCCCUGUGCAGAACGGUAACACCCGCUUCUGCCGGCUGUGCAAUAUCAAGUUCAGCAGCCUGUCCACGUUCAUAGCCCACAAAAAGUACUACUGUUCCUCCCACAGCGCUGAGCACGUCAAGUGAAUGGAGCCCCAGUCUGUGUCCCCUCCAAAGCCCAAACCCAGCUAUCCAUUCUUGUCAGUGCCACCAAGGCAUGGCACCAUCUCUGGACUGUAUGUGUUUGAAAGUGUGACUGUUACUCGCCAGGCACUGGGUCGCUUCUCGCUCCCGGUAUUGUUACUAUGUUAACAUAUUUCUCCUUAUGGGUCAAAGUUUCUAUUACACUAAGAGCUGAGAUGCGCUACCUGCACACACAGUUGUACCCACGUAUCCCUUCCCACCCACCUCAAUAACUGAAACCCAGCCCUCUUUCUCACCUCCAGGGUCCACAGAAUGUUGAAAAUGUGACUUUAGAGUCAACAUUUAGUCUCCUGAGCAAGUUUAAUUGAAUUGUUUGUAUUACAGUCAUCUUUAUUUGAUUAUGAUUGUUUGGAGCAUUUCUUGCUGAUGAUGAAACUCGCUUUUCCUGAGCUAUUGAUGCUCUAGAUCAGUCAGUGAGUGGGGACAACUAUUGUCCCCCAGGGCCCUCUAGUGGAGCUGACUAUCUCCACUCUUUUAUUUCUACUUACCUGUGCAUAGUGUAUGAUGUUUUAAAAUAAUUCUUUAUGCUUUUGUUUGAACACUGGCUGUUUUGCUAACUAGAAAGCUAAAGCAUUUUAGCUGAAUUACAGAAAUGAGUAUCACAUGGUUAGCCUACCAAUUACAGAGGAAAUAUUUGCAAAUGGAUAGAUUUGGUUUUCCUAAACCACAAUUACAUUAUCUUAAUGGAAGGAAAACAUGUGAACUAUUUAUCUUUGAGUCCUCACUGAUUUAAUGUCAACAGAAAUCUACCUAGCGUCUGAAAAUAUUUGUAUUUUUUAUUUGUAUAUUUUUCAUACUGUUCAAAGGAACUGUUUCAAUCUCGGCGUGUAAAGGUGUUUUUGUAAGUGUAGAUAUGUAAUAUCUUUCACAGUAAUCACUGGGAUGACACUGAAUCUUAUUUUCCUUAUUGUCAGAAUUUCUUUCUUCUGCUCUUUAUUCAUGGGGAAAGGUUAAAACUUUUCUGUUUUCCUCCAGUAUUUGGUCAUUAGGUAUAGCCUAUUUUGCCAGAUAAACUAUGUGAUGUAAGUUCUAAACUGGUAUUAUUAUUGGGUAGAAGGAAGGUGAUUGGACCUGAGUACCAGGAUGAAGACACAGCACUUCCUCUUCCUCUAUGCCCCCCCGCCUCCCCCAUCAGACCUGACCCUUAACCCACCAACCCCCUACUGUAUCAUUCAUUAUCUGUCGUUCUGCCCCUGAACAGGCAGUUAGCCCACUGUUCCCAGGCCGUCAUUGAAAAUAAGAAUAUGUUCUUAACUGACUUGCCUGGUUAAAUAAAGGUUUAAAAAAAAGAAAAUAUCCCUACUCUGCAGCUGCUGCUUUAACACCAUCUGACUUAUGUAAUGCUUGAAUUAGACAUGGGAUCAGUUUAAAUCAAUGUGGAUUUAUUGACACCUCUUAGAGCAGUGGUAUUCAAAGUUGGGGGAAUUGGCAUUUUGGGGGGGCAAAAAAUUAAGAGUAUUGUAUGGGACAAUAUACAAAUAUGUUUGAGAACGACAAUUAGAAAAAUAAAACUGUUGAUUAAAAGUAUUUUAUUGGUUUCUUUUCAUUUUUAUAAGAGAUGAAAAUGCAAUGAAAAAAUGCAAUUGUUGUUUGUUGAUGUAAAGAUAUAAUUUUCCAGAUUUUAAGGCUGUGUCAUUAGAUUUGGGGUGGGGUCGCAAGAAUUCUGGCAGAAAGAUUUGGGACCUUGUUGAAAAAGUCUGAAUACCACUGUCUUGGAGUGUGUGCUCAUUCUGUUUUGUUUUUCCAGUAAUGAAGUUUUUUUAAAAGUUAAAAACGGGAGGUGUAAGAGAGAGAUAGACAGGGACAGCAGAUGUAUUUCACAGAUUGUUGAGAGACGUACACAGUAGAUGGCUCCAAAAACUGUCAUGUGUAAAACACAAACACACAUGCAUCCUUGGUUUACAAAGUGGUGUUGAAUAGACCUGCGAAAUGCAAUCUUUCCUCUGUCAGAACUUGCUAUACUGGCACAGCCUUACCGUAGGACUGAGUUAGUUUGUUCUGUGCUCCACUAUCCUCACCUCUAAUGAUGAUUUGAAUGGAUCUGUAUGUUACUUGUGAUGUCCCCUUUCCUUCCCUGUGUUACACAGGCAGAUGUUUCUCUGCUCUAAAAACUGGAAAACAAAAUGGUGGUGAAAUUGAAAGUUGAGUAUUUUUGCUCUGUUGUGGUUUUGAACAGUGCUGUAUCAGUCAUAUCUUACCCAAGAGUGUUUACAAUUGCAUUGCUUCCUCUUUUCUCAAAAAGAUUAGCAUUUUCAACAAGUCACAAAUUGAGGAAAUCAGUGCUGAAAACCAUUUUGAAUCCCAUUUAUAUUGCACUGUGUUGUUCAAAUGUGCUGAAUGUUUUCGUUUUAGAGGCUUUUUUGUAAGGUAUUUAUGUUUUUACAGCACUUUUCCUCUUCUAAACUAAUCCCUUGAAGGACUUGCUGAUCAAUUUCAACCUUCUCACGUGAACUAAAAUUUAUUAAAACAUUUUGUGAAUGAUUACAAAUGUCAAUAAUGGAAAGUAUUAAUGAAUGUCGGACUUUUCUUCUUUCUUUUGUCAGUUCCACUACACACUUGUCCAAACUAUGCAUGGGAAAUAAACGUCCUGAGAGACAUUAAACAGU